UUCAAACCCAACACUUUACCCGAUGGAAACCACUGCGAUUUAUUUAAGCUAUCAUGUUGUUUAGUGAUUUAUUGUACAUAAACCAUCUCGAAUGUCGCUCGAAUCCAAAAAUCAGACCCACAUUAGGGUCAUCGUUGGAUUGCUUAGGCUCUGUUCUGGCCUUGUUGGCCAUGAUGACGCGAUCCCAUUGGACGAUCGCCGCGUCGACGUCGAUGAGGAUUCCUCGAUAGCUUGCAGGCUUUCCUAGCGGGUCGGCAAGGACACGUACAUCGCAGCUGAAGCUUGGCAACCAUGACGCUAGAUAAGCAUACCAACACUCACGAUGAUCGACGAAUGGACGUCCUCUCUCCUGGACAGGUGGAUCCUAGGAAAGUCCGGAUCCUCGAGUGUCCGGCGUAGCCGAGUCUCGUACUUUCUGCUCGUCGACUCUUCGCUUUCCGACUGGGUCUACCACCGGAGUCCGAGACCACCCUCGUGCAUCUGAUCAUCCUAGGGGCUGAGAUUGCUCAUACGACAAUAGAGUGGAUCGUUGGAAUCCACUCCAUAAUUGAAGCCAGCAUAGCUAUCUCAUGUCAGAAUUACAUGUCAUACUGCGCACUACUGUUCCGUAUUUUGAAUUCUCAACUCGGAUGCGUCUACC